GAAAACUGGGUCAGGCUUUCUGGGAUGGUACUCAAAUGGUUCAGGUCAUACUUAGAAGGGAGAGGCUAUAAUGUGAGUAUAGGAGAGCAUAAGUCUAAGUGGACGUCCAUGACAUGUGGAGUCCCACAAGGCUCAAUUCUUGCACCGCUCUUGUUUAGCCAGUAUAUGCUCCCACUAAGUCAAAUAAUGAGACAGAACUAAAUUGCCUAUCACAGCUAUGCUGAUGAUACCCAGAUUUACCUAACCUUAUAUCCAAAUGACUACAGCCCCAUUGACUCCCUCUGCCAAUGCAUUGAUGAAAUUAAUAGUUGGAUGUGCCAUAACUUUUUUCAGUUAAACAAGGAAAAAACUGAAGUCAUUGCAUUUGGAAACAAAGAUGAAGUCCUCAAGGUGAAUGCAUACCUUGACUCUAGGGGUCAAACAACUAAGAAACAAGUCAGGAAUCUUGGUGUGAUUCUGGAGACAGACCUUAGUUUCAGUAGUCAUGUCAAAGCAGUAACUAAAUCAGCAUGCUAUCAUUUAAAAAACAUUGCAAGAAUUAGAUGUUUUGUUUCCAGCCAAGACUUGGAGAAACUUGUUCAUGCUUUAUCACCAGCAGGGUGGACUAUUGUAAUGGGCUCCUCACCGGCCUUCCCAAAAAGACAAUUAGACAGCUGCAGCUCCAGCUCUAGAACCAGAAAAUCUGAGCAUAUCACACCAGUCCUCAUGUCCUUACACUGGCUUCCGGUUACAUUUAGGAUUGAUUUUAAAGUACUUUUACUCAUAUAUGAGUCACUAAAUGACCUAGGACCGAAAUAUAUUGCAGAUAUGUUCACUGAAUAUAAAUCUAAUCGACCACUCAGAUCACAAGGAUCGAGUCAGUUAGAAAUGCCAAGGGUUCACACAAAACAAGGGGAGUCCGCCUUUAGUUACUAUGCCGCCCGCAGUUGGAAUCAGCUUCCAGAAGAGAUCAGAUGUGCUAAAACACUAGUCACAAAUAAACUUGCCUUGCCUUACGUAACUGGUGUUACUUGUAAUGUGUUACCCCCAACACUGGUUGUGACGGAUCUUGUUUCAACAAACAAUCGGAUAGCAUCAAGCUAAAAACGUUCAAAAACCCAUUGAAACACUAUAUCAACUAUAGAAAACACUGUAAAAACCUUUCAGAACAACCUAGCACCCUAGCAACUACCCAUAACACCCAAGCAACAACAUGAGGGUGUCUUAAAUAAAAAUACAACAACAUAAUAUUAAAUGAAGUUUCUAUGAUAUUUGGGGUAUUUGCAUAAAGAAAUGUAUGGAAUAAAACAAAUACAACUGAAAAUCCUCAAAUCAAAACCUAAAGACCCUAACCUCUCUGGACUCUCCUCUCAUCUGGACUUGUUCCUAUCAAUCCCACCAAUCAUGGGAUAUCUAACAGCAGGGAAUCUUAAGUAUAAAACUGCCUGGGAGGCUGAACAUCUGUCCAGUGCUGUUUGGAGAGAUUGCAUAAAGGCCAUCCCUUUCCAAAUGCGUAAACGUCUGCAAAGACGCAUCAGAAAACAUGUUUAUCCUUCUUUAUCUGAGCUUUUGGAGUGUGUUGGGGUCGCACAGCCAGAGCCUGAGCUCAACAGCAGCAACAAAAACAACAACAUUGCAAGCAUUUGUGACACCUGGAGAAGACAACAGCCAAUGCACGACCUGCCAGUUUAGACAGCAGAGUAAACUCAUGCGCCUGCACUCCAUUAAGUCUCAGAUUUUGAGCAUCCUGCGUCUAGAACAAGCUCCGAAUAUCAGCAGAGACACUGUCAAGCUACUCUUACCCAAGGCACCUCCACUGCAGGAGCUCCUGGAUCAGUAUGACCAAAAUGGAGGCAUUAGUGAGGAUGAGGAACAAAGCAGCAGUGAGACCAUCAUUACCAUGGCCACAGAACCUCAAGCCUUCACCCAUCUUGAGGGAAUGCCGAAGUGUUGCAUGUUCUCCCUGAGCCCGAAGAUUAUGCCUAACAGCAUCCUCAAGGCCCUGCUCUGGAUCUACCUCCGACCAGCUGAGGAGCCAACCACAGUCUUCAUCCAGAUAUCUCACCUGAGGGCUUCGUCUGAAGGGAGCAACCACUCAAGAAUACGAGCGCAAAAAAUUGACGUGAACGCCCGGACAAACUCCUGGCAGCACAUCAACAUGAAGCAGCUGUUGCAGUUGUGGCUCAAACAGCCGGAGAGUCACUUUGGGAUAGAAAUCAAGGCCUUUGAUGUAAAUGGAAAUGAUCUGGCUGUGACCUCCGCAGAAUCCGGAGAAGAAGGACUGCAACCCUUCCUGGAAGUGAAAAUAUCAGACACUGGCAAGCGGUCCAGACGGGACACAGGCCUCGAUUGUGAUGAGCACUCCACCGAGUCACGUUGCUGCCGGUAUCCACUCACCGUCGACUUCGAGGAGUUCGGUUGGGACUGGAUAAUUGCUCCCAAGCGUUACAAGGCCAAUUACUGCUCCGGUGAAUGUGUGCAGAAGUACCCCCACAGUCACAUUGUCAACAAGGCCAACCCUCGGGGCAGCGUAGGCCCCUGCUGCACGCCCACCAAGAUGUCACCCAUAAACAUGCUGUAUUUCAAUGACCGUGAGCAGAUAAUCUACGGAAAAAUCCCUUCAAUGGUCGUGGACCUUUGUGGCUGCUCCUGAGCUUCUUGAGUAGCUACAGCAAGCCCUCACUACUCUGGACCAGAGGGGAAGUGAAAAUAACCUUUACCUUGUCCCUGACAAAAUAGUUCCUGCUAAAACAAUUGACCACACCAGGAUCCCAACAAACCAACUUAUCCAAUGACUUUAGUUCGUUCUCAUUGACUUUUGCAAACAAGGACAAUAGUACCAUGGUGACAAGGCUUUCUUUGUUUAUGAAGGUAUAAGUCUUCCUCUGUGAAUGCAGUUGAGCAUAGAGAUGACCUGAUGGGCUUUACCAGCUUGAUAUCAGAAUGUAAAAAUUGCAAAAAGUACUUUAAGUUUUAAAUUAAUGUCAAAGGGGGUUGUAUAGUUGAUUAUUUAUAUAAAGUCACUUAUCCCCCAGUGACCCAAAAACAGGAACACUGACCCAGAAACUCACGCAACGUGACGUCCAAACAAUAAACUUUAGGAUUUCUGCAGUUUCAUAGCAUAUGGGGUAGUUGACAUAUGAUAGGGAUAAGAGAACUCUGUUAUCGCUGUAACUGGUCAUAAUUUUUACAUUUACAAAUAAUCUUUAAAUGCUUAUUAGACAUUGCUGGAACAUGUCAACUACCCAAAAACCUGCAUCUUUUGUUUCUUAUCAACAAAAUUCACUAGUUAGCCUACACAAUGUCAUAGGCAAGAGAUGAACAUAGAGAUGUUUUUCAAAAAAAACAUUGAACUAAUUGUAUAGAUUCUAUAGUUCAAAAUCAUGUUGUAGUUUUGAUCUUAUGUACCAAGUAAAAUGCCUGUUAGUGAUG